GCCACGAUUGCAUCAGAGUGCGUUUCGCGAACGUUCAGUGCGGUCAGCACCCAUCGGCGAGAGAGUAUUCGCCGCGCGGAGACGCAGACAGCGAACAUUCGCGAAUGUUCGCGAACAUCGCGUCGCGCGCUAUAAAACCGCAUCAGCUGAGCCGUGCCUCACACUGCUCACGUCUUCGACUUACUAGUAACGCGUACAAGAUGUCUCUGUGGUUCCGACCAGCUUCUUUCUUUCCCCGAGUCGUCGAGGAAGCCAUGCGCGACUUUCGACAGAUGGAACGAAUGAUGUUUACUCCGUUAAGUCAAAUUCCUAUCGAAGGAAUGAGCGCGGAGCAAGUUACUGGAGAGACAGUCAACGACGACAAGAAAUUCUCCGUAGCCAUCGAUGUCUCCAGAUUCAAGCCAGAAAAUCUGAAAGUUAACCUGGAUGGCCACAAACUGACCAUUGAGGGCAAGCAAGAGGUGAAGGAAGAGAAUGGCUAUUCCAUGAGGUCAUUUGUUCGAUCAUGGGUCUUGCCGGAGAAUGUCGACCUUGAAGCCCUCAAAUCAUCCCUCAGUGAUAACGGACGCCUUUCCAUUGAAGCUCCUAAGAUCCAGAAGCCAGAGCCAGAAACUGGCAGGAGCAUCCCAAUCGAACGUGUCAGCAAUGCGAAGCCUGUCACCGAGAAGUAAAUGGUUUUAGUGGAUGAUUGCAUUUAGAAACUUGUUAUUUCAAAUUGUUGACUUUCAACGAGUACAUUUUGAUUUUGCGGAUCCUCAUGAAUUUAGUUUUGUAUAGAUGUUAUUCGUUGUAAAUUAUAGAACCCUCAAUAAACAUUGGUAGACGAA